AUUCGAGAAGGGCUGUGCUUAUCGAGCGCGCGAGGAGCGGGCCGCCGAACAGAAGCUAAGAGAAGGGAAGAGAAGGCGCGGCGACAGAAGGGAGAGGAAAUCGGAGACGAGCGAUUGAGCGAGCGAGCGAGGGAGAGAGGAAUUGGGAGGAGCAGAGAGAGCGAGGGAGAUCUGCUGAGGAGGUGAGGAGAGUGGCAUCGAGCUGUUCUCUUCUCUGACGAGAGGAGAAUGGGUCGAGUUGGUUGCCGUGGCUUUGGUCUGGCGAUGAAUGCUGAGAAGGUGGGUGAAUAACGAAGGCUGGGUGGGCUGGUGAAGAGAGAUUGUUUCUACUCUUGACCGUGACCACCAGUUUGGAUUGUGGCUAGUAGAUUUCUGAGAAGAAACUCCGACAUCAUGGUGUGCGAAGAGAGUCUCACCGCGCACAAUGCCUUUGUUGCGCGUACGAGGGAGAAGUGGGAAUUCAAUCAGUAUUGGUACUCUGCCCACACCAUCAAAGUCAUGGCCAAGGAAAUUGAAGAGAAUGCCACCAAAGUGGCUUUUCUGUCUACCCCUAGUGUCUACUUCUCCCUCAAGAAUGGACAACUGAAAAAGCGCAGCUUUUUCUUUGAUGUGGACACUCAAUGGGCUGGGUUCCCAAACUACGUGCGAUGGGACUACAAUCAGCCCUUAGCGAUUGACGAAAGUCUGCACCACACUUUCGAUUGUGUGGUCAUUGAUCCACCAUUCGUGACACACGAGGUCUGGGCGAAAUAUGCAGAAACAGCACAACUUCUCCUGACUAGUGGAGGCAAGAUAAUAUUGAGUACAAUACGGGAGAACGCUGAGAUUCUGAAACGAAUGUUGCAGGUUGAGCCUCAGGUUUUUCAGCCUUCCAUUCCUCACCUGGUUUAUCAAUACUUGUUUUUCACAAAUUUCCCGACCAAGUACUUGUCAGUUCCGAAUCCGGAAGUACCUUGAUCUUGUUCGGAACCGCAACGAGGGUUGAAGGAGUAUAGACCACCCUUUGCCACCGAGCCGCCCUUUUGCAGUGUAGUGAAGAGUUCAUAGACAUUCUUGUGGAGCAGGAAUUAGCUUGAGAUUCUUGAGACUAAACCUUUCAAAUUGAGACAGGUUUAGUAAUAAUUACCGGUACUCCGUAACGGACGGAGAUAGACACAUGGGAUAGACUAUGGUCCUUUCCUUUGUUUUGGACACGGGGACUUUGGUCUGAGGACUUUGGUCUGAUUAUUCGAAAUUCAAAGCUCAUGACCAUUCUUAACAGGCUGGAGAAGUGCCUGUUGCUCAAACGAUAUCAGCUUGCUUUCUGAGGAAGUUGCAUGCAAGAGAAGCUAUGUAUACGGAGUGAUAGUAUAGUCAUGGAGAAAGCAAGUUGUGAGCUGUAUCUCCCGCAUCGGCAGCAUUUGCCGUACUGCGAAAAUUCUCGUUCUUUGCUUAGAACAGGGAAUAAGUGCAGAGAAAUAAUGCCACUGUCCGGACGAUGAUUCGAAUAGUGAACGAAGACUCGAGGUGUCGAGAAAUCGUGUACAUUUCUAGGGUGCCAUUGUUUUCACUUGGCGCAAUGUUCAUGCUCACGGUGCUCGAGUUAGCUACUAUUGAGACAAGUAGUGAAGUAGGCUUGAUAAGAGUCACCAAAUGUGAGUUUUCGUAGCUUGAGAAAGUCUGGACAGUUGACCUUUUAUCGCUAGGACCGUCGACUGACCUUAUAUUUUAUCAUGUCAGUUUCUGUGGUUCAAGUCAAUAAGAACAAAGUUGGUGGACCCUAUCUCAG